GGGCCAAUCUCAUUUGUUUAUAUGUGGUCCUCCUGAUUCGUCAAGGUAUCAACUCGGUCGAAGUCGCAUUCUAUUUAGGCAAAAAUUUCGGCAGAUUUUGAAUUUUUAGCCAAAAACAAUAUUCACCCCCUGCGCAUGACCUUACAUAAUCAUUCUAAACCCAAAAAUUAAAGAAAUGAAAGUAGAAUAUUGUUUGGAAAAAAAGUCGCAUUCGAUACAGCAAUCGAUAACUGUAUGGAACGAGCGGUUCUCUUCCAAAUGCUAUUCUGCUUUCAUUUCUCUGAACUUUGCCUAUUUUUGGGAUUAGAUUUAUGUUUUAGGCUUAUGCCCAACGCCUAUUGUCCUUUCUUUAUCAAACAUUUAAAAAUUACCGACAUUUUUUACAUAAUCGAUGUGAUAUAUCGCACGCAACUUCGACCAAACCAGAGACCGUUACAAAUCAACUUAAGUCUUAACACUCUUAACCUAACCUAACCGAACAACUUCAAAUCCGAAUCCGAAACGUCCGCUUCAAUUUUCUCUGUGUAAUUCUAAAUUUUCAGUGUUCUUGACUUCUUGUUCGUCGUUACAUAUCUGCGUGAGUAGCCGUUAAGUAGGACAAGUGUGUACGAAGAACAAUUUCCUAUCUUUAUUGUGCUAAAACUGAUCUUGCACAUGUUCUCUUUAGAUCAGAGGCAUGGCUGUGUUUGUGCAAGUCGUUGAAGAGGAAGGUGAUGAACCUAUAGAACUACCUGCUGAAGAAGAUGGAACUUUAUGCCUCUCAACACUAUCAGCUCAGUUUCCUGGUGCUACUGGUUUGAAUUUCAGAGCAGAAAAUUGUUCUACUCGUGGUGUUCGCUGUGUGGAUAAUGGCCUAUUCCCCCCGCAAGAUGGAUGGGGCUCGAGGACAUACAUUUGUGUUUUACCCAAGGGUUCUAUGUCCACCAAGAGACCACUCCCAAAUGGCGAGGCAACCAAGCGAACAAACAACUCAGAGGACCAAGGACCAAACAAGAAGCACAAAGCAGGUAAAUCUGUACUCUUGAUACUUCUUAACCUUUACUUAUCAUCACUCUCUCUUAGGUUCUCUCUUUUAAAACUGUUGGAUAUUGGCAAUUUGUCACUGACAGUAACUUUAAGUAUAGCUUUGCAACCUGUCACUUUUCGUGUCUCACUGUCAAGGUGUGUAGCAACGUGUUAGGCUAUCCACUUGGUCAUCAUCACGUCUACGUCUGUAUUGUUUGCCAUGUUAAUUCUCUAAUUUUAACGCCGUUCGUCCUCAUUAAAUCUCAAUGGUUCUCCUAUUAUUCCCUGUGCAUACUUAACUAAUUUGCUUGCUCCAACAAAAAUGUCAGAAUUGCCAUAGGGAUACAAAGAAAAAAUAGAAAUGAUUCACGUUUUACUGGUGAAGAGACAUAGGGAUGUGGGUGUUAAUUUUCCUUUCUCUUCAAUGUAUUCUUGAAAUAAAGACCAGUCAGUACCACCAUUGCAUAAUCUUUCUGGAAGGGCACGUUUACAUGAUAAUUGAAAACAUCAAUAAUAUAAACCUCGAUGACUCUAAAAAGAUUUGACUGUGAGAGGGGAAAUAUUCUUCGAGCGAACAGCGAUAUGCAGUGCGGCCGCGCAGCCCCUCCAGUCGGUAUCCAUGGUGACUGGGCGCAGCCACGGAGCUCACUUCGCAGACAGAUGUUCGCGUAGUCCAUAGAGGAACAGAAUUUUUUUUGAUGAUCGAGAGCAGACUGAGUCGCCUCUCUUCUCUUAUUAGUCAUCCUAAGCCUGUCCUGUCAGACGCUCACUCUCUUGAAUAGCGUUCUCAAUUUCCUGGCACUCGCUGAGAAAAUAGUUGUUUGCUCACUAAAUCAGAACGACUGCAUGGCGCAGAUGUAACAACAAAGAACAUUGUUUAUGACGAACUGCUAUUGAGAAGCCUACAUAUUUAGUUGUCUUCGUCAAGGCAUGUUUUUUCUACUUUAGUAGGCAAACAAAUGAUUUCGCUCAUCAAAGGCAGAUGAAAAUAACAUAAAAAAAAUAAAUCAAUUGAAAAAAAGAAAAUGAAAAAAAUAAUUUAAGAAAAACUAAUGAAGUGUAUAAUCCAUUCGAUGACGCCACUUCAUGGAGGCUUGCUUCGCGAGCCUCAAAGUCAGCCGCGAAGCGGGUGACCGGGGGUGGAGGGGGGACCCGGACCCCCGAUAACAAUAUUUUUCAACACGAAUGAGUUGAAGAGCGUGCCAUUCCAAGGUUCACAUUUCGACGGUGUAAGACUGCGAUCAUUUAUCUCGGUUUCUGACAUAUCAGACUUCCUGUCGUAUUUUACUUUUAAAUGGAAACUACUGAAAGGCAAUUUUUAAUUGAAACUUGGCAAUGCUGUGAGAGCAAAUAUUAAUAUGUCAUAUCAGCUGACUUAUUUUGGAUUUUUUUUAUAACCUCCGGUGUGCCCUCAUUAAAAGUGAAUGUGCACUGUUGUGACGUAUUCAAGCUACUCAUGUUUUAAUUUCAAAUGUCCCCACCUUUAACGUUUAAAAAUUUUAGGUAACUGUUAGUAAACACUCGUGCGAUUGUGAAUUGUUUAAAGAUCAGGAUCUUCAGAUCACAGAAUGAACAAAACAUUUAACAGUGUAACAGGUGAAGGUGAUAAGGGAUAAACUUUAAGUCACACCUGUUGGCGCCAUUGAGAAAAUGGCGCCUGGUCUCAUGUGUCAUGUUUGCAAGUCACAAGGUACAGGGGCGCCAACAACGGCCAACAAAGUUCCCAAUGACCCCACCUUGUAGGGGGGUCAUCAUCAUAAUCAUCUCCUACUACUGUAGAAAGCUUACUUCUUGCGAUUCCUUCUGUUAUACUGAAAAUGAUAUUAUCAAGAGUUGUUUUUUAUCUACAGGAUAAUGCAUUGGUCUCCCCUGUUGCAACAUGAGCAUGAACUGGUUUGAUAGCUUUGAAGAGCUUACCACUUUUUGUAUUAACUUUUUUGGAACCCCAAAACACAUGUUUUGCAUUCCAAGCACUUGCUAUAAAACAGCUAUUAUCAAGUUGAGCGUAAGCAGAGGUAACAUUAAUGAACUUUGUCUCCCCUGCGACUUCUAGAUCUAUAGCUUGUGCUAGUAUGCAAUCGAAUGAGUUAUUUUUGAUACUCCUCUUCUACAGAAUUCCUGCCCCUCUGUGUGGUGAAGGGUAUAUGCACAUAUCAACGGCGAAACUACCAGACCACGUAUCUCUGUAUGUGAUAUUGUGGACUUCCUGCCGUACUUUAUUUUUCAAAUGGAAAACUAGUCAACGUCAAUUAUUGAAAACGUCCGUGUUUUUUCGUCUCUGUGCGAGGAAAACUCUGAAAAUUUCAAGAGAUGAUAUUGAUUUGUUCUCCUUCAAAAAAAAUAAAAUGGGAGUGGAGAUUUUCAAACACCGUAAACGAGAUACGUGGUCUGGUAGUUCACUGUCAAUAUGCAAAUAAUUCUGAAGUAAAAAACACGAGAGCCGUUCAAUUGAAUCCAAAGACACACUAAAUUUUGCCACCCAAUAUGAAAUCAAUAUCAUACAAUUUUGACACCCUAUGGCAGGGGUCCUGUCUAUUUUUCUCCAGAGCAACAAACUGACUCGCAUGCCCUAGGUAUUGAUAACAAUGAUGUUCCUUCUGGUUAGGUUGGGCUCAGACCUGCUAGUGAGC